AUGCUCACGGCCGUCUGCGGCUCUCUUGCCAAUCAGCGCUCGGAGACGCCGCGCGUCGCCUCCCCGCACUCGGACCUGCAGCCCCUGCAGCCCUACCAGCCCCACGCCAGCUCCGAGGCGAGCGGCGACUUCCCCUCCCCUCUCCAGUCCACGGAACUCCAGCACCUGCCCUUGGUGGGCCCCGGGGUGGAGUUCGCGGCCGCCCCCGGCUACGAUCUGCAUGGCUCUUCGAGGCUAGACCUGGAUGGUGACAGCCUGCUGGCCCCCGGCGCAUACUCCAAGCUCCUGCAGCCGCCUCCCGAAAUGGCCCACCCCUAUGAGCCCUGGUUCAGGCCCUCGCACCCCGGCAACGCCGCCGAGGAUGGCGGCGUGAAUCCCUGGUGGGACCUCCAUGCCGGAUCCAGCUGGAUGGAGCUGUCGCCGGGUCAAGGCGGCCUCCAAGCCCCUGGCCCCGCGGGCGGACUCCAGCCGGUGCUGGGGGGGUACGGCUCCGCCGAGCCCCAGCUCUGUGGCCCGCCACACCACCUCCUGCCCUCGGCCCAGCACCUGAUGGGCCAGGAAGGGCCGAAGCUGCUCGCCUCGCCUCCGGAGCCGCACGUUCUCGAGCAGGCCGUGGACGGUACCGCCAGGGCAAAGAGCUCGAGGCGCUCGGUGCCCCGGAGCGCCGGGCAGGCGGCGUGCCGCUGCCCGAACUGCCAGGAGGCCGAGAGGGUGGGGCCGUGCCCGGACGGGGCCAAGAAGAAGCAUCUGCAUAACUGCCACAUCCCCGGCUGCGGCAAGGCCUACGCCAAGACCUCCCACCUGAAAGCCCACCUACGUUGGCACAGCGGGGACCGGCCCUUCGUCUGCAACUGGCUCUUCUGCGGCAAGCGCUUCACCCGCUCCGACGAGCUUCAGCGGCAUCUCCAGACCCACACGGGGACCAAGAAGUUCACCUGCCCCGUGUGCAGCCGGGUCUUCGUGAGGAGCGACCACCUCAGCAAGCACGUGAAGACGCACGAGGGGGCCAAAGAGGGAGCGGAGGGGGAGGGCAAAGGCGGGGCAGACCCGCCGGGGAAAGGCAAGAGGGAGCCCGAGGCCGGCAGCUCCAGCCCCGUGACCCAGUCCAACUGAGCCUCUCCCCCCACCCCCCGCCGAGACGCCCCCUCCUCUCUCCGUCACCGCAGGAUGGACGCUCCCCCCCUGACGCCAGGUCUCCCUCGGUGGGGCCGCGCUUUGGGCCGUGGCCCCGGGGCGUACGUGGCGGUGUGCUCUGAGCAAGAAGCUAUUUAUUCUGUAGGAGGGAAGUAUGCAAUCUCGGUGCGUGGGGCACGGGGCCUCUCCUCCCACGGGGGGCUGGGAGGGUCAGGCCUGGGGGCUGGUCUCCGAACCGCAAGAGGGAGGACAUUAAGGGGUUAAGGGCUGGGACCUUUUUUUUAUUUUUUCUUUUUCUUUUGAAGGAUCUGAGUUGAGGCACUGUGCC